AUGACCGCGAAUAAAUGGACGUUUUGCACCGAUGACGCGGAAUUUUCACUAAUACACAUCAAGUCGGCGGAUGUCUUAGAAGGAAGGCUUUCACACGCCAAUUCUAUAAAUUCAGAACAUGAUGCCGGCGAUAGAACUGUGCUUGAUGACAGCUGGCCUAGAGACGCGGCGAAGAGUGUGCCCAUUCACGUUAUGCAGGUUGAGUCAAAAGAUGCGUGGAAGUCUAAAUACAGCGCGCUGGAGGUGAGCGUUGACAUCCCGCAUGAUGAAGGUGACGGUGGCGUCGCGCAAUCUCCAAGAUUGGACACGCUUGCUUCCGACGCAAUAUCACACAAGCGCACCAUUGUUGGCAGCAAUACUGACCAUUAUGUUAUUCACGCAACAAUGGACACAGCAGCUUUGAGCAACAAUAUGCUGGGCAUGUCUCUGCCGCUCAUCGCGUACGUCAACCCUAAGGUCGAUGCUGGCUGCCAACUGACUCCAUUCACCUUGGUGGGCGAAGUCAUCGUACGGGAGAUCUUAGGAAUCGAAACCGCCCUCAAAGACAAUCUGGUCUUGGUGACGCUGACGAACAGGGAUGUUAGGCAGGACGUUGAAGUCGAGGACGUACUUCUAAGCGGCGCCAUAUACCGCAAACCGGAGAGAAAACGUUACGAACGUAUUCAUCAAAACGGAGCACAGUAA